CCUUUUCCGUGGGGACGCAUAUACGACAGGAAGCAUCCGUGCAGAGCGAAUACUAUACUGAGCAAUGGAUAUAUUAUCAGGAGUCUGCAAUGUGUAAGCAUCGUCCGCCUCUUUUCCUGAUUCCUUUCCAAAAGAAUAGAAAAGACGCCUACGGGCACUCAAUCGCCAUGAUUCCGGGAACGAGCACAGCACACGGCGGCGGACCGGAGCAGUAUAUAUACACACCGCCAGCCGUCCAAAGUGCAGUAUACAUAUACUCCGCUCCGCCGUGUGCUUAAUUAGUUUUUGUUCCCCACCGGGCACCGGCUGGCCGGAAUCAAUCAAACAUUCGCGGAGAUCGAUGGCGAGGAAGUCCAACGAAGAAGACAUGGUGUUCCUGUGGAAGUGGCGCAAGUACCUGCUGCUGCUGGCCACGCUGGUCGCCAGCGUCACCUACGUGGCCGGGCUCAACCCGCCGGGCGGCGUGAGGUCCGAGGAGCUGACAGCCGACGCCCCAGCGCCCGCGCCCACGCCCGCUCCCCGCGUGCGGUUGACGUCGCCAGCCGCUCCGGCGCCGGCGCCCGAGGUACAGUACCCGAACCGCGUGGGCGACCCGGUGCUCCGGAAGACCUACAAGGCCCGGUACACCACUUUCUUCUACUGCAACGCCACCGCCUUCGUGGCGUCCCUGGUGAUCAUCAUGUUCCUGCUGGACCCUCGCAUCAGCCGCAACCCCUCCGGGCUCACCGUGCUCCGCUCCGCCAUGCUGCUCGACCUGCUCGCCCUCAUGGCCGCCUUCGCCGCCGGCAGCUGCCGCUCCGUGCCCGGGUCCGCCUACGUCUCCGCGCUCUUCGCCGUCGUCUUCGUCUACGUCUUCGUCCACGUCCAACUGGCCUCCUCCAGCUGCGAACUGGCCAACUGUCUAAAAGCCAAGGAAGACCCGACAGGCGUCGCCGCGGCGGAGAGCAUCAAGGAGCGGCGCAAGUUCCUGCUGCCGCUCGCGAACUGCCUAAAUGCAAAGGAGGACCCGGCGGACGUCCCGGCGGAGAGCAUCAAGGAGCGGCGCAAGUUCCUGCUGCUGCUCGCGACGUUCGCGACGCCGCUGACGUACGGCGCCGGGCUGGCCCCGCCGGGCGGGUUCUGGAGCGACACAAAAGAUGGGCACACGGCCGGUGCCCCGCUGCUGCACGACGGGCCCUACAAGAUCCGGUACCACGCCUUCUUCUACGCCAACGCCACGGCCUUCGUGGCGUCGCUCGCCAUCAUCAUGCUGCUCAUGAGCAGCACGCUCAGCGGCCGCCUCGCCAGGUCCUACGCGCUGCCGGUCUGCGUCCUGGUGGAGCUGCUCGGCCUCCUGGCCGCCUACGUGGCCGGGAGCUGCAGGAGGGCCGACACCACCAUAUACGUCGUCUCCCUCGCCGGCGCGGUGCUCCUCAACAUCUUGCUGCAGAUGGCCGUCGCCGUCUUCGCCAUGGACAUGUUCGAGAAGUGCCGCAAAUGGGUCUGCGAUGUCCUGACGUGCGCCAAGUGGGGGCCAGGUAAGGAGGCGAGGACGACAGAGCCUGCAGACACGCCGGGUGCUGCUGCAACGGGCAGCGGCAGUACUAGCCAGGAUGAAGAUAAGCUUGAGGAGUCGCGGUCCCUUCUGCUGCUGCUGGCCACGCUGGCGGCGACGGUGACGUACCAGGCAGGGCUGAGCCCACCUGGCGGCGUGUGGCCGGAAGACGACGACCAAGACCAUCCGCAGGGACCGAAACGCACCCCGGGGGACCCGGUUCUCCUGGACGUGUACCCGCAGAGGUACAGGGCCUUCUACCACUGCAACACGGCGGCGUUCGUGGCGUCGCUGGUGGUAAUCAUCAUCCUGCAGAGCAGGCAGCUGAGCUCGCGUGGCGUCUUCGCGCUCAAGACGGCCAUGAUCCUGGUCCUCUUCGGCCUCAUGGGCGCCUACGCCGCCGGCAGCUGCAGGGACGUCCCCACCACGAUCUACGUCUCUGCCCUUGCCGUCGCCGUCUUCGCAUACUCCAUCGCCAAGGUCAUGGCCUACACGGCCCAUGGCCAGAGCAACGCGAUGCAGUGGGUGCAAGGCAAGCUGGAGAGCAUCGCAGGCGAGCGGGAUGAACGCGUCGACCCCGACAGGAACCGCAAGUUCUUGAUGCAGCUCGCCAUCCUGGCCGCCACUGUCACGUACCAGACCGGGCUGAACCCGCCGGGCGGGUUCUGGCCGCAGAGCGAGGACGGAUCGCUAAAGCCCGGGGACCCGGUGCUCCUCGAUCACUACGGGGUCAGGUACCAGGUGUUCUUCUACUGCAACGCCACGGGGUUCAUGGCGUCCGUCGCCGUCAUACUGCUCCUGGCGAACCAGACCCUGUACAAGCAGGGGAUCCGGAGCAACGCGCUGCACGUCUGCGUCCUGAUCGGGCUGCUCGGCCUCAUGGGCGCCUACGCCGCCGGCAGCUGCCGGAAGCUGCGGACCUCCAUCUACGUCUUCGCGCUCGUGGCCGCCGUGAUCGCCUUCCUCCUCCUGCAGAUCCUGCUCUACAUGUUCGCGGGCUGCGUGAACUGGUUAAAGGAAGAACAGCAGCAGACACGCCUCGAGCGGUGGCUAAGGAAGCUGUUCCAGCCCCUGUCGAAAGGGCCGGCGGGUGACAGUAGCAAGGAUAAGAACAAAACAAGUGAGGUGUACAAGAAACACAAGUACCUGAUGCUGCUCGGCAUCCUGGCGGCGAGCGUGACGUACCAGGCGGGUCUCGCGCCCCCUGGCGGCACGUGGGGCGACGACGACAAGGCGGCGUCGUCGCCGUCGUACCUCAGCAGGGCCGGCAACCCGAUCAUGCUCGACACAAACGGGAAACGGUACCAGGCCUUCUUCUACUGCAACGCGACGUCGUUCGUGGCGUCCGUCGUCGUCAUCCUGCUGCUGCUGCAGCGGAACAUGGAGCGGCGCGGCGCGCCGCUGUGGGCGAUACAGACCGCCGUGGUGCUGGACCUGCUCGGCCUGCUGGGCGCCUACGCCGCCGGCAGCUGCAGGGACUGGGAGACGUCCGCCUACGUCAUCGUGCUCGUCGCCGUCGUCGUCAUCUUCAUCACGGUGCACGUGCUGCUGUCCAUCCAAGUCGUGAUGACCAAGGUGAGGAAGCUCAAGGUGUACCAAAAGUGCUUCGGUGAUCCGGAGAUUCCUCCGGAGAAAGCAAUUAGUGUUGACCAGGUCAGCGGCAACGCUACCGGUGCGUAAUUUGAUUGCGAAUGCUGCUGAUUGGAAACUUGGGAGGGAUUUUGGUUUUGACUGGCUCGUAUGUGUGGUACUGCCGUAAAUUUUGAUUCAAUUCAAUUGUUCGGAACAGUCUCAGACUGCUUUAUUCAGGUAUCUUGUAGAACUCAAAA